AUGGCGCCGUCAAUAUCAACAGUUGAGUCUCUGCUUGACUCUCAAUUGCAAUCAUUCUAUUUCCUUCUUGCAGUGGCUGUUAUGACUCGUGUUGGCACUGGUAUGGCUUGCUGGAUUGAAAAGCAGAGCAAGUUCAAUGGAAAAGAGCCUCCCACAGUUCCAUAUUGGAUCCCUGUUUUAGGCAGCCUACUUACAUUCUUGGUUAAUACGGACUCAUUCAUCAUGAGCUCAGUCAAAUCAUUCGGUCCUUCGACCCCUUUUCAGGUACAACUUGCAGGCAUGAAGAUAUCGAUUGUAUCAGGUUUCAAGAACACUGAAGCCAUUCUCAAGGCGAGCUCCAGGAUGACCACUACCCCUGGGGCAAUUUUUGCCCUGACACGUCUUCUUGGAACACCAAAAUACAUCAUACCAUUUUACCUGGCCGAUGAUUCAGGAAUCGGGAUCGACCCUCGUCCAGGUAGUAGAGUUGAGCCCCAGAACCGGGUCAUCUAUCAUCAGCAGCGCAAUGCUCACCGCUUCUUAAGUGGGUCAAGCCUGAAGGAGAUGAACCGGAGGUAUCUGGAUACUCUCCAGCGCAAUCUCCUCGACCUCAAAAUACCUGAUACCUGGAUCGAACUGCCGGACCUAUACUCUUUCAUUCAACGUGAGGUGUUUCGGGCAUCCGUUGAAGCAAUGUGCGGAAGCUAUAUCCUCUCGCUCAAUCCGACAUUUAUAGAGGACUUUUGGACAUGGGACGCCAACGUCCCUACUCUUAUCAGAGCGUAUCCGAGGUGGCUUGCACCUACAGCCUAUCGAGCAAGAGACAAGAUGUUGGGGCAUGUGAAGCGAUGGCACGCAUUUGCCAAAGAAAACUCCGACUGGACCAAGUUUGGACCCAACGAUCCCGAAUGGGAUCCUUUCUGGGGCAGCAAGCUGGUCAAGGCUCGACAAACUUCCUGCCUUGAGACCAAAGUGAUGGAUGCUGAUACUAUUGCUUCUGAGGACCUUGGACUGAUAUUCGCAGGAAACACCAAUGCAGUACCCGCGAUUUUCUGGCUAUUCUUCCAUAUCCUGGAAGAUCAAAAGCUACAAGAACGUGUUGAGCAGAUCAUACGUUCAGACGAUAUUCUGAUACCAUCAGAAGCCGAAAUGCUCAAAUUGUAUGAUUCUCCGCUUCUGCAAUCCAUCUAUGCCGAAACCCUCAGGCUGCGAGUUGGAAUCGCGAUUACUAGGACACCGGAACAGGAAGACUUCAACCUGGGGGCGUGGCGGCUUCGAAAAGGCCAACUCAUCAGCUUGAUGAGUCGGACAGCAGCCUUGGACAAAAGCGUUUGGAGCACCGGCAAUCCGGAAAACUCGCAUGCUUUGGAUUCGUUCUGGGCAGAGAGGUUCCUGAGAUACCCAGACGACCCUAAAAGCGGCCCCCUACGCGAAGCCACUGGAGCCAACACCACUACGGAAAGUGAAAAGUCAACGAGUGGUUCAAACGAGCCCAGGUAUACCACGGGAGGCUUGUCAGGCGCGUGGAUCCCUUACGGUGGGGGCAAGCGUAUGUGCCCGGGCCGCCAUUUUGCCAAGCAAGAGAUUCUGGCCACACUCAUCGUGAUGUGCGUGUUGUACGACAUCGAGCUUGUUUCCCACGACCUCAAAGAUUUGCCCAAGGCAAAUCUGAAGUACUAUCCAUUGGGCGGCCUGCCCCCAGACCGUAAGCUACCUGUUAGGAUCAGGCGCCGUACAUUAGGCCAUAAGUGA